GUUUUGUCUUGUAGACGUGUAGAGUUAGUUUGGUUGUGGGUGAUUGAGUACCCGAGAGAAAGAAAGAUGGAUAAAUUCCAGCAAGUUUCAGUUUCUGAUAGUGAAACUGAUUCCAAUAGUAUUUGUAAGCUUGAUGAGCAAAACAAAGUUGAAAGUUCGGAUAUUUGGGAUCAUUUUGAACGAUUAAAUGAAGUACUAGCGAAAUGUAAGACAUGUCGCCAAUAUUAUAAAAUAAUUGGAACCACCAGGAAUCUGUUUAGUCAUGUGAGACGGGCGCAUCCAACAUUAUUGAGAGCACCCGAUUUAAUCGCUAAAGUCCAAUCAUUUAUUGUUGCUAAAAGGCCAUUUGAGAGUUACACACAGAAUGAACAACGUAAAAUUAAGUUGGAUAGUGCCCUAAUUCGAAUGAUCGCCACGGACCUGAAGCCGUUCCGUAUUGUUGAAGAUCUUGGGUUUCAAUAUUUUGUGCAUUGCUUAGAUCCGCAGUACAUUCUGCCAUCUGGAUACACAUUAAAAAAUGUACUACUUAAAAAUAUAUUUGAAGAAAUACGUCUAAAGCUAAGAAUGAUUCUUAAGAAGAUUGCUUACUGCGCUGUUGCAAUUGAUCGCUGGACAUCUCUUGUCAAUGACCAAUACUUGACCAUCACUUGUCACUUCGUUACUUCAAAUCUUGAGAUAAAGUCAGUGCUUUAA